AUUUUAUUCAGUUAUUGAAAAUAAAAAGGGAAAAAUGUUUUCUUUAAAGUUUUUGUUUUCAAUUUGUUUUAUCUAUACUCUUAUAGAACGAAGUCUAGGGUCUGAUGAAACACCAAAACCAUGUCCAGUUGGACUCAGGUUGGUUGAUGGAAAGUGUAUAAAUCCAGCAGGAGGAUAUGAAAAAGUUUUAGAACCUGCUCAAAACCUAAAAAGAUGCCCAGUUGGUAAAAGAAUGGUUGGAGGAAAAUGCAUAAGUCCAAUGGGUGGUGAAGAAGAUUAUUACAAUUACAAUAUAAAAACAGGUCCAAGUCCAAUGGGUGGUGAAGAAGAUUAUUACAAUUACAAUAUAAAAACAGAGUCGCCUCAAAACCCAAAAAUAUGUCCAGUUGGACUUAGAUUGGUUAAUGGAAAGUGUGUAAAUCCAAGCGGUAGAUACGAAAUAGCAAUUCAGCAAAACCCAGAGGAAUGUCCAGAUGGGUCAGAUAUGGUAGAUGGAAAAUGCGGAAAUAAAUGGAUUUUAAAAAAAUUAAGCAAAGAAGAAGUUAUUGAAAAACCGGAGGAAUGUCCAUCUGGAUCAGAAAUGGUUUAUGGAAAAUGCCAAAAAUUAAAAGGUGGUGAAAAAGAUUCCCUUGAAAACCCGAGAAUAUGUCCAGUUGGACUUAGAUUGGUAAAUGGAAAGUGUGUAAAUCCAAGUGGUGGACCCGAAAUAGCAGUUGAGCAAAACCGAGAGAAAUGUCCUGAUGGGUCAGAUAUGGUAGAUGGAAAAUGCGGAAGUGAUUGGGUUAUAAAAGUUAUUGAUAAACCGGAGGAAUGUCCAUCUGGAUCAGAAAUGGUUGGUGGAAAAUGCGAAAAAUUAAAAGGCGGUGAAGACGAUUUGGAUCCAAUUCUAUCUUCAUGUCCACCUGGAACAAAAUUGAUUAUUGGAUCUUGCGUCAAAAAUUCAUGUCCACUUGGAACAGAAAUGGUUAAUGGAUCUUGCGUAACUAUGGGAAAAGAAUUGGAUCCAAUCCCAUCUUCAUGUCCAUCUGGAACCGAAAUGGUUAAAGGAUCUUGCGUACCCAAGGCUGGAGAAAAAGACGAGAGCCCAUCUUCAAAUGAAUCCGGGGACAGUUCGGAAUUUGAAUUAGAAGAACCUUUUUAAAUUAAAUGAAUAAAUCAAUUAUAAUGAA